AUGGCGUGUCCCGUCUCCGACCGCCACGCAGCUCCGCCCAACGAGUUUAUCUGCACGGUGGGCGCCUUCGCACUCUUCGACAACAUGUAUCCGCCGGACGGCCUCUGCAAUUACCUGUUCUACGCCCAUGCAUUGGUGAGCAACGGCUCGGUGUUGGCCGUCGAGGUGGACGCCAGCUGGCAGCAGUUCAAGGCGCACGUGAAGACCUACACCAUGACGCAAGGCGGGAUUAGCUUUGACGCCCGGAAGACCAUGGCUGACACGGUCAUCGCGAUCAGCUCUACGGGAUGGAUUGAAAACGAACAGAACUGCUACUCCGCACCGACUUCGGUGUUGGACAGCAUGAGACUCCAAGAUCCGGCAAGAACAAUAGCGAAGUCUUACCCAGACCUCAAAACCCACGCGGCCCUGGUGGCAGCGAAUGUCAUGUAUAACAAGAACACGACCAGGCUGGGUCUCUCUCUGGAGAUGGGCACGCUGCUGUACGUGCUGAAUGCAACCGAAAUGAAUAUUAAGAAAAAGAGCUACCGUCCGUGCAAGCAGUUCUACCUCACGCAAGCUGACACCGUGCCGGUUGUGGUGGUGAACUCGUUUAUUUCGCCCAAGAAGAGGCGACCAGUCUGA